AUGAUCACUCGGGUUGUGCCUUCAAUCAAAGGGCAAAGUGAUCCUUGCGCUUAUGAGUCAAUCGGCUUUCAAGGGCGACUGAGGCCGCCCGAGGACAUUCUACGUCAGGCUCGGGCCACAAGUGUUACGGGAGUUCUAGGCCAGAUCGCAUGCGUAGCUUCCUACGCUUUAGAAAUCCUCCAAGAACUCAAAGAUGAGACGAUAGAGGUGCAGGAUCGGAUGGCCAAGCUACAUCGACGUGUGGAUGUUCUAGCAGAAGUUGUUGAUGCUCAAAUUCAUCAGGGAGGAGGGAGGAGAUUGGACCUCCUACACUUGCUGCCCUCUCAAGAGGAAAGUGACCAUGUUCUCUGCGUACAGACAAUCAGUAACCCGUCAUACUCAGCUGCAAACGAUCGCCCUACUCCUGUUGUUGAAGCCCACAAUCGAUGCGAAAGCGUUCCGCCUCUCGAACUGUUGGAUAGUUUUUAUGACUCCGAGAACCAGCUUGAUAACAGUGUUGGUUCUGGUCCGCAUACUGGAUCGAUUUCGCGGAAGAAAUACAGUAACCCUGGUUUCUUCAUGGAAGAAUGGCUGAAGAAUGAGAAGGAACGACAGCAACGAGCGUUAGAGAUCAAGGAAGAGCGUCGUCGAGAACGUCGAGAUGCUCAUCAUCUCCGCAAAGCUCGCGAAUUGGACCAACAGCGACAGACUACGAGUUCUGAAGAUACUAAAAGCUCAACUUUUACGAGCACUGAAGACACUGAGCAGAAGCUGAAAUUCCUCAAGAUCCGGUCAUGGAGAGAAAUCUAUGGCACUGGGGAAGGUAAAGAACUAAUGAAACAUCAAAGUCGCAGUCCGACCCUGCGAGAUCUACGCAGGAAAGCGCAUCAAGGACUUGCUUCCAUCACGCACAAUCCACGAACUGAGGAACGUCAGCAACAACCGAUUCCUCCACCACCACCUCCUCAAGAGGAACCACCUCACACUAGCCACCAGUCUCUCACCAAUGAGCAGUUCGUUACGACUCCGCCCGAUUCACCGUCGAUCCCGACAACUUUGGGCGGCGCAUUCAUGCAAGAAAUGGACGACGAUGAGAUUGCAAUGGAGAUGCAACUAGAAGGAGAGUUUGCGAACGGAAUCCCGCCACCCCCGCCUCCUUUGCCUGACUCUACAAGCGCCGAGGAGUUCACUGACCACGGGUUGUCGUACUAUUACGACCCAGCGACACAUAAUUUGGUACCACCACCUCCUCCCCCACCUGAACACGACGAACAGAGUAAAUCAGACGCAUACUACGACACAUACGAAGAAGAAGACGAUGAUGUCCCUCCACCACCACCAAUGGAAGAGUUCGAGCGCUCUCCACCUCCUCCACCGCUCGAACCACCUCGCACAUCCAAUCUCCUCGAGGAAAUUCAGCUAGGGACGUCACUACGCAGCGCUAAAGACCGGAAACCCCACGGUGAAGCACCUGUGCGUCCUCUCACUCCUCAGGGAGCACUGCUACACCAGAUCAUGCAGAAACAAAGCCGACACUUACGUCACGUGGAGCCUCGCACCCGUCCACCAAUACAAACGCGUCAGCCUACAGGCGCUCCGUUCUCCGAUUCGAUCUCGCGCAUCCUCGAGCGCCGCACUGUGAUCGCGUACGAGUCAGAUAGCAGCAGCAGCAACGAGGGGGACGAUGAUUGGUAG